AUGGAAUGGCAAAGCGUAGGUAUAGUGUACAUACAAACAUAUAACCAUUUUUUCCAUUAUUGCCAUUUUUGCAGCGUCGGAAAUAACCUGUUGAGCAUGCUGUCCUACAACAACGAGGAGUACGUGUUAAGGUUGCACAGGUCAAGCGUCUACUUCGUUCGAGCUGAACUGGCCAAGCAAGCGGAGGCAAUAAUAAAUAAAAAUUCACUGAUAUCCCUCGGAAUAUGCCUCGGGAAAUUCACCAAAGCAAAUAACUUUUUCAUAAAAAUUACGUCCCUGUCAUUUUUAAACGAAUUUUGCAUUCACAAAAUUUGGCUGAAGGAAUCUGGGGAGAAGAACUUUCUGUUUGGCAAUAACGUAUUGAAGAGUCACCUGCUAAAAGUCAGCGACAAUAUAAAAAAGGGAGACGGAAUUAUCGUCCUUUCGAUGAACGACAGCCCCAUAGGCUUUGGCAUAUCCAUAAGGAACACCCAGGACAUCAAAAUUUUAAAUGUUACCGACAUUGUUCUCAUUCACCAGGGGGACGUGGGUGAGUACUUAAGGAGCGAAGCAACCAUAUAA